AUGAAGCGCAAAACAGAAGAGACGCAUCAAUCUAAUGGCCGCCAUGAGACCAAGAAACGAGUACUCUCCGAUGACGCUGUGAAAUCGCGCUUUCGCGAAGGUCUGUUUGAUACGGCAGAACUGGAGAGCUAUACCAAGAGCUAUGCUGUCUCAGGGCCUUACAAACAUGGCGUUAUCUCACCCCUCAUUGCUCCAGACCUCCUCCGCUCCGUGCGCAACGAAAUCGAACAGAACCUCUCCUUCACUGAGAAGGAAACAGACAUCUACAAGAUCUUCCAGUCGGGCGAUUUGGCAAAUCUAGAUGGCCUAGACGAUGCCUCGCUCAAACUUCUACCGUCUCUGCUGCAAUUGCGCGACGCUCUCUACUCUGCGAAAUUCCGCGCGUACCUAUCCUCGUUGACCGGCUCCGGCCCACUAAGCGGCAAGAAAACGGAUAUGGCUAUCAAUGUUUAUACAGAAGGCUGCCAUCUACUCUGCCAUGACGAUGUCAUCGGUAGUCGGCGUUUGAGUUAUAUCCUCUACCUGACGGAUCCCGACACGCCGUGGCAGGCUGAAUGGGGUGGUGCAUUGCGCUUGUACCCUACCACAACCGUGAAGGAUGAGAAUGGCGGAGAUAUCAAGAUCCCCAGUCCGGACUUCACACUAUCGAUUCCACCAGCUUUUAAUCAACUAAGCUUUUUCACUGUUCAGCCAGGCGAGAGUUUCCAUGAUGUCGAAGAAGUGUAUUACCCAUCGGAACAGGAUAAAGGGAAACAGAAACGGGUGCGGAUGGCGAUAAGCGGGUGGUUCCACAUUCCACAAGAAGGCGAGGAAGGAUAUGAGGCUGGAUUGGAAGAGAGGCUUGCGGAACGAAGUAGUCUGUCUCAAUUACAGGGUAGAAGUGGUGAUGCAUAUGAUCAACCACAGCCGCAACCCGUUAAUUGGGAUGCGGAACCUCUUGCGUCUGAUAAAGGCAAAGGAAAAGGCAAGGGCAAACAAGCCGUGCAAGCUGAAGAAGGAGAAGAGCUUACAGAGGCUGAUUUGGACUUUUUAUUAAAAUUCCUUGCGCCUUCGUAUUUGACUCCGGAUAUUGCCGAUGAACUUUCAGAGGCUUUUUUGAACGACUCUUCACUAAGUUUGGAGAAAGUUCUGUCUGAAAAGUUCGCAAAGAGGGUACGAGAAUAUAUCGAAAAGCAGGAGAAGAAGGAAUUACCAAGCUCUUCGGAUAAGAUUGAAUCGAGCACAAACUGGAAAGUGGCUCSUCCACCYCAUAAACACCGCUAUCUUUUCCAGCAACCACAGUCUGGUAGCGAUGCUGAGACCAAUCCGAUCGAGGAACUAUUGACGAAAUACUUGCCAUCACAACCUUUCCGGAAAUGGCUUACUUUGGUCACAGGUGCAGAGCGUCUCACGGAUUAUAACAUGUUAGUACGCAGGUUCCGGCGCGGUCAGGAUUAUACAUUAGCCAAUUCUUACGAAGGUGACGAGCCACGAUUGGAAUUUACACUCGGUCUUACUCCUUCCUCUGGCUGGGAGAAAGCUGAUGACAACGAUGAUGAGGACGACGAAGAAGAAGAAGAGAAAGAAAAUGGAAAGGAUAGUGAUACCAAGAUGAAAAAUACAAACGAAUCAGAUGGCAAGGAGAAGGAAGAACCAUCUGUAGGCGGCUACGAGAUUUACAUGGCUGGCGAUGACGAGGAGGCAGGCGAUGCAGCUAUUUAUAAGGCAGCCCAUGGCGAUGAUGAUGGGAUUUUGUUUAGCAUGGCCGCGGGCUGGAAUCGCAUGAGUAUUGUCUUGAGGGAUAGUAACACGCUCAAGUUUGUCAAAUAUGUCAGUGCCGCUGCAAAGGGAGAUCGAUGGGAUAUCACUGGUGAGGUUGGUGUUGUUUUCGGAGACGAUGACGAUGAGGAGGGUGAUGAAGAUGACGACGAAGAGUAG